AUAAAAUAAAAUGAAACAAAAGGGUGUGCAGCCCUCCAAAUUUGAAUUCGGUCCCCUUUCCCUCCACAACCCUCCAUUUUUAUCUUCAGAGUUCAGAGGUAAAGCAAAGCACAGAGACAGUAGCUAGCAUUAGCCAUUCGCAAAACAAAUGCCGUCAAACCCUAAUUUCUUGUCCCAGCCUCUGUCUCUCUCGCUUUCAAAUUCACUCUCACACCACAACGACGACGAUGAUUUCGAAGUCCCUAUCUCACAAUCUCAUCAGAAAACCCCCUUAAAACCCCUCAACGCCAGUACCCGCCACCGAAAAAAACCUAAAAGAUCCGCUAAUCCCGGUAAAGAGAACGCGGAUUCAAUAGCAUCCGGUUCGAACGAGGACUUAACAUUGCACGAGAAUUGCAGCUUGGAUUUGAUAGAAUCGAGCAUCAUCGGUUGCAGUUACAAAAACGCUGAUGACAGUGUGGAUUUUAGUAAGGAGAAUUGUUCCGGAAAUGGAAACAGUAAGGGUAAAAGAAAAGAGAUAGAAGGACAAGAAUUUAAAAAAGAGGGAUACUUUUGUAAUUCUAUUGAAGCUAGGCUAAUGAGGUCAGGACCUGGGUCAGGGUUUAAUGAGGGUGUUGGUGGUGAAUUUGGGGAUUUUGAGGAAGAGAGUGAAUUAGAUUUGUUAAUUAAGCUGUGCAGUGAAAAUGAUGGAGAUUGUGCAGUUAAGUGUCCACUUUGUGGAGUUGAUAUUUCUAAUUUAAAUGAAGAAUCUAGAUUGAUUCAUACUAAUGAUUGUCUUGAUAAACAAGAGAAUGAUGGUCAGGAAGUUGUUGAUAGGGAAGAAGAAACUGGUGAAGAUUGUGUUGAUUCAGUGCAUAAGAAUUUUGAUGAUUCGCCUGUAGUUAAGUGGCUAAGAAUUCUAGGUUUGGAGAAAUAUGAGGAAGUUUUUGUGAGAGAAGAGAUUGAUUGGGAAUCCUUAAAGUGGUUAACAGAAGAGGAUCUCUUUAUCAUAGGCAUCACAGCACUUGGUCCGAGGAAGAAGAUUGUUCAUGCUCUUGAUGAACUUAGAAAAGGCGGUAAUCUAGUUGCUGAGACACACAGAGAUACAAAUGCAUCUGUUAAUGCUGGAUCACGGACUAGUCAUGGAACAGAGAUUCAAUUGCAAGCUUCUACAGUUGAUGGUGAUGAAACUAGUAAAUCAACUGCAAACAAGUUGAUUACAGAUUUUUUUCCUGGCUCUGUUACUCUUAGGAAGAAAAGUUGCAGCCUUGCCACAGAAAAGCAAGGACCAGCAAAGAAUCGGUCAGAUUCUGUUUGUAAUCAUGGAGCAAAAAAACACACUGCAAAAAGUGGAAAACGGAAAGACAUUCCCUUGUGGUGCAGCAUACCAGGGACAUCAUUUCGAGUGGAUGCUUUCAAAUAUCUUAGAGGAGAUUGUUCCCAUUGGUUUCUUACGCACUUCCAUAUGGAUCAUUAUCAAGGCUUAACAAGGUCCUUCUGUCAUGGGAAGAUCUAUUGCUCCUCGAUCACUGCAAGACUUGUAAAUAUGAGAAUUGGGGUUCCUUGGGAUAGAUUACAAGUUCUACCUCUCAACCAAAAGAUCAGCAUAGCUGGUGUUGAUGUGACAUGCUGGGAUGCAAACCACUGCCCUGGUUCCAUCAUUAUACUCUUUGAACCUGCUAAUGGUAAGGCAGUUCUACACACAGGAGAUUUUCGCUUUUGUGAGAAGAUGGCAAGCAUGACCGCUUUACAAAUGACUCGUAUUCAUACUCUCAUCCUGGAUACGACAUACUGUAAUCCCCAGUAUGACUUCCCAAAGCAAGAGGCUGUAAUACAGUUUGUUGUUGAGGCUAUUCAAGCUGAAUCUUUCAACCCCAAAACUCUUUUUCUAAUCGGAAGCUACACAAUCGGAAAGGAAAGGCUGUUCUUGGAGGUUGCUCGUGUGCUACGUAGAAAGGUUUAUGUUACUGCAGCAAAGUUCCGUCUUUUGGAAAGCUUGGGGUUCUCAAAAGAAGAUAUGCAGUGGUUUACAUUAAAUGAAUUUGAAAGCCAAAUUCAUGUGGUGCCAAUGUGGACGCUUGCAAGUUUCAAAAGACUUAAACAUAUGUCCAAUCAAUAUGCGAGCCGUUUCAGUCUGAUAGUUGCAUUCUCUCCGACCGGAUGGACAUUUGGCAAGGGGAAAAAAAAAUCGCCGGGCAGAAGGUGGCAGCAAGGAACUAUCAUAAGGUACGAAGUGCCAUAUAGCGAGCAUUGCAGCUUUACAGAACUCAGAGAGUUCGUGAAAUUGGCAUCUCCUGAAAAAAUAAUACCAAGUGUAAAUAAUGACGGACCUGAAUCUGCUGACACCAUGGUUUCCCUCCUGCUGUCUUGAUUAGUUAUGGCUUUGGUUCAAAUGACAUGUUCUCAAACAGACUGGUUAAGGAUCCAUUAUUUGAUGUUAUGGAACUAGAGCAACAUUCAAUUUUUUUGGUCAAUUUACUACUGUGUGUGUAUCCAGAAUGUAGAAAGGGCUGGCAAUGGAAUUAUUAGUAUUAUUUUUCUAAAUAUUUAACAGUAAAGUUCUUGUUGUCA